AUGCGGAAAAUAUGUCAGACUAAAGACAUCCUACUACCAUAUAUCCAGCAGUCUGAGUACUCCAUUAAACAUGUAUAUGAAACUUGUCAAGGUGAUAUGACAAGAUUUAGGUGGGACAAUAUUGUGUGGCAUAGGCUAUCAAUUCCGCAAACGCGGUUUAUUUUAUGGAUGGUAAUGAAUGAUGUGCUGAAAAUAAAAGUUAAGUUACGAAAAAUAGGAUCUGUAUCGGAUGAUUUAUGUACUCUUUGUGGCCUUCGAGCUGAAACAGUAGACCACCUAUUCUUCCAAUGUGUCUUCAGUAAGUCCUGCUUGGAACUCCUAAAGGCUUGGCUUAAUAUCAGAUGCAAUAUAGGAAUACUCAGUAAGCUUGACUCAAGGAAAUGGGGUGUUAAUAAAGCUACGAAAGGUGCGGUUAUAGCUACCCUUGCUUGCCUAGCCUAUCAAGUUUGGAAAUCUCGUAAUGAAGCCGUAUGGAUGGGCUACGUUAGACCAGCACAUACCGUUGUUGAUCACAUUAAGUUCGAUGUGCGAACAAGACUUAAAGCCCUGGAUGCUGCUGUGAUGUUAGCUGACUAG